UAUCUCUCUAACCAGGAAAGCAUGCUAAAACUCUCAACAAUUCUCGGCUCCCUCUUCUACCUCAUCCCAAUCUACAUCUUUCUUAUUGCCCCGGCCCUCCGCCAACUCUUUUCCCCCUCCGAAGAAGACCUCGCCUUCGACCACCAAGGCCCAAUCCUAAAUGACACCUUCUUCAGUCUAGACGAUGGCAUUGAGCCUACCUGUCCCCCGGACAAUUACCGGGUCCAUCUCCUCCGUCGCGACCCAUUGGUAAUUUAUAUCGAGGAUUUCCUCAGUUCCGAGGAAGCCGACCACCUCGUUGAACUCGGCCAAGAAACCUACACCCCCUCCAUAAUCUACGACGGCACAACAGAAAGACUUGACCCCGAUACGCGACUCUCCGACCGCGCCCUCCUCGCCCGCACCAACACAGUCCGUUGUCUUGAGAACCGUGCAAAGGCCUUCCAAGGCUGGCAACCGCAUCUGUACAUCGAGCGCAUGUGGGCCCAGCGGUACAACGCCUCCGGCCACUACCGGCACCACUAUGACUGGAUGGGCUCGAGCGCGCGUGGCGGCGACCGCGCCAGUACGUUCAUGGUGUAUCUCGGGGACGAGUGUACCGGCGGUGGGACGAACUUUCCCCGGUUCAAGAGGCCGAGGGAUGAGAAGUGGUGUCGAUUUAUGGAGUGUGAGAGUGAGGCGGAAGGGGUUACGUUUCGGCCGUUGAAGGGGAAUGCGAUCUUUUGGGAGAAUUUGAGGCCGGAUGGAAGUGGGUAUUUGGAGACGUGGCAUGCGGCAUUUCCGGUGACGGAGGGAACGAAGGUUGGGUUGAAUAUUUGGAGUUGGUAUCAGUCGCCGAGAAGGAAGACGGUCUGAUGCUCUUCUUCUUUUUCUUUUUCUUUUCAUUUUUUUCCUAAUAUAUUUUAUUGGGUUGUUGUCUUGGAUAGAGGUGGUGGAG